UAAAAUGAACACAGAAAAGUUGAUAGAAUUAGUACGAGAACACAAAAUUCUAUACGAUUUAUCAGAUCCGUAUUAUGUAAAUUCAAAAAAGAAAAAUUUAAUAUGGUACACCAUUGGCAGAGAAUUAAAUACUGAUCCGUCUGCAUGUAAAUCACGAUGGAAUAAUAUACGGGAUCAAUAUCGUAAAUCUUUAAAGAGAAUAGCAAUAAAAAAUGACAAGAAGUCUAAAAAACAUUACAGAUAUCACGAGAAAAUGGAAUUUCUUCGACCACAUUUUAAUGAAAGAGAAAAUACCUUUAAUGACAGACAAGGUGAUACAGCGGACACAGUGGACAGUAAUUCUCAAAACUCGGAACAAUCUUUAAUGUCUCUACUGGAAAUUAGACCUAAUAUUGAACAAGCAUCAAAUUCAGUCCAUCUUCCAGAAGAACAAGAUCCAAAUGUGAUAUAUAACGCGUCUGCGGUCAUUACGCCCCGUCUAUCUACAGAGCGAGCUUCAGAAUUCCGUUCAACACCAUCCCCAGGAUCUUUUCACUCACCUUUGGAAAAUAUUCAGUUAACAAACACUACUGCUGUAAACUUGAUAGAGUAUCUAUUAAAAAAGAAACAAGAAGAUAUAAUGCCUCAUAUUACAGAAGAACAUCCCAUGGAUAAAUUUAUGCAGUGUAUAGCUCCUACUUUAAAAAGUCUGACACCGUAUUAUCAAAACUUAGCUAAGACAGAAAUAUUCAACUUUGUGCAAAAAUAUGAAAUGACAAUGUUUACACAAAAUAAGGAACAAUUACAAAUGGAUGUGGAAAAAAAUAUUCAUGAUAGUUGCGUAACUAAUACUAGUUCCGUGAUAAAAAAAGAGAAGUAAAUGGAUUACAUACAGGGUAUAAGAAGGUACCAUUAAAUAAGGCGUUUUAUAAUUAUUGUUUUUUAAUUGUCUACACUUGACAACAACAAAAGAUAUAGGAAGAGACAAUAGAAUACAAAUGAAUUAUUUCAAUUAAUA